AUGUGCUCACAAAAUAACAAUCGAAACGGACGGUUGUUAGAGAUUUACGAUGAAGAAGUUAAAGAUUUAGUCGAUCGGUUCAUUGCUGAUAAUAAUCUGAAGCAGAAACAAUUUUUUUUGAGGACCAAAACAAUUUACGAUGCAUGGAUUUGGAUGAACAAAACACCAUAUCCUAAAAAUGUUGAUAACCAAAACAACGAUGGAGCCACUGUCAUGGCAUACAUCUCUAACACAACAUUGUCUAACGACAGUCAACAAAAAUUGAGAUAUAUGGCAGAUAGACCAACGUCUCAACUUCGUGUCCUCUGCUCAAUAAAAAAUGCUUCUAAUUGCACGGCUUUAAACAGCUGGCAAAAUGGAACAACUUGUUAUUUUCCGAUAAAUGGGCAAUACACAUGGUACAAUGGACAUUACCAAUGCACCAAGCUAGGCGGAGGCUUGGCGGUUCUAGAUAAGUUGGAUAUCCAGAACGUCAAUCAAAUGUGGGUUCGAACGUCUUUGCGGGAGGAAAAGUUUUGGGUUGGAUUGACAAGAACAUUACUAGUUUGGCAAAGCACUGAAACUCCGUUGAAUUAUUUCAAUUGGGCGAACGAUUUUGAACAAACUGCAACAAACAAUAAUAGCGUGUGUGUAGAGUUGAAUUCCAGUGGAACAGAAAACUCCAUGAGAUGUGUCGAAUGCAGUUCCAGAGCUUACUCCAUAAUCUGCAUGGAAGUUGGUCUACCUACUGAAAAAACAUUACCAUCAGUACCCACAAGCAACACCACACAAUAUCAACCAUCGUCAAAUGAUAACUUCUCAAAUAAUGGUUUGAGUGAAAGUCAAAAGACUGGCUUGGGUGCUGGUCUUGGCGUUCCAUUGAUUCUACUGCUGAUUGUAGGCCUGGCUGUUGGUGUUUAUCUCAUGAGGAAGAGAAAGAAGCUGUGCUUCAAGUCAGCCGCAAGAAAACCGCCUCAACUGCCGCGCCAAAACCAGCUACACGACAUCAGCGGCCGCGAAGACAGCCUUGAAAGCAACCACAGCAACGACAACGACGACGAUGACAAGUGUACAUACGCCAAGCCAGUCGUCGACAAAAACGCCAAAAAGAAAGCGCCUAAAUUUCAGCAACCAGAUUUGACUUACGUAGAACUCGAUCACUCGAAUGCCACUAUUAAAAACUUCAAUAAUAAUAAUAAUAAUAAAAACAAAAAUAAUGAUAUUAAUAAUAAUAAUGAUCUAUAUUAUAGUAAUAAUAAUAAUUCUGGCGACGUUAAUAAUAAUUAUAAUUAUAGUAAUAAUUAUAAUAAUAUUAAUGAUGAUGAUAAUGAUGGUGGCUAUGAACAUUUUUAA